UCAGUGUUUGUGGACAUAGUAUACCGACGGACUGAGGACUACGCACAUAUGUUAUCAGCGACAUUUCUACACACAGCAAGAUGUCGGCACCCCAUGUAUUGCUUUCAGUACUUGGGGUUGUUCUUGGAGCGACCAUCGGUAUAGAUGCUAAGCCCAAUAUUGUCAUAUUCAUCGCCGAUGAUCUUGGUUAUGGUGAUGUUGGUUGCUUUGGUAACACUACCUUGAAAACACCAAACAUUGACCGCCUAGCGAGGGAAGGGGCAAAAAUGACCCACCACCUAGCAGCCGCGAGCAUGUGUUCCCCCAGUCGAACAGCUCUACUAACGGGUCGGUACCCUGUCAGAUCAGGUAUGGUGCCGUCCGGACAAAUUCGAAUCAACACAUUCGUUGCCAGUUACGGAGGACUACCUCCAAGCGAGGUCACCAUAGCAGAACUGGCACAGUCCGCUGGCUACAAGACUGCUUUAAUAGGAAAAUGGCACCUGGGCAUGAGCCGUACAUUUGGUGACAAUGUUUAUCAUCCAAAGAAUCAGGGAUUCGACAGUUUUUACGGUCUUCCAUUGACAAACCUUCGCGAUUUUGGCGAUGAUGGCGACUCCAUUUUCAGGGCAUACUUUCCAAUAUGGCAGUGGCGUUGUUUAGGAAUCAUAAUGGUAGGAUGUUUGACGUCGUUUGGACUUUACAAGCGGUCGUAUGUAGGAGCGCUUUGUUCUUUAGUGUUAAUUGUUUUCACUUUAAUACCUGUCGGAACAUUCAUGUUCGUCGUUACUAAUAUGAAAAUACUAAACAGUAUGCUUUAUAAAGACUUCAAUAUAGUGGAGCAGCCAAUUCGUCUCCGAGGAAUGACGCAAAGGUUUGCGAAGGAAAGUGUAGAAUUUUUAGAACAAAGAAAACUCGACAAUAGUCCGUUUCUGCUGGUAGUUUCUUGGACCCAUGUCCAUACAGCUAUCCAGGUUACGAAAGAUUUUCAUGGGCGGACUCAGCACGGUCGCUAUGGCGAUGCGGUGGAGGAACUCGACAGUGGGGUAGGGGAAAUCACGGAUGCCAUGGACAGACUUGGAUUUAGGGACGACACUGUUGUUUACUUUACGUCCGACAACGGAGGUUAUUUGGAAGAAAUUGGUCUUCAAGGCGAAAUGAAUGGUGGAUACAAUGGUAUUUUUAAAGGUGGUAAAGGACAGGGCGCAGUGGAGGGCGGUAUACGCAUGCCCGGUGUGAUUCGAUGGCCAGGUAAGAUCCCACCAGGAACGGUAGUUGACGAACCAACGUGGAUGAUGGACAUGUAUCCGACACUGGCGCGUGCCAUGGGGGCAGAACUACCAAAAGAUCGUCUUAUAGACGGAAAAGAUGUUUUACCCCUCCUGAGUCAGAUUGACACGAGGUCGCCUCACACAUUCAUGGUUCACUACUGCGGGAUCGACGUACACGCCAUCCGAUAUAGGCCAAGGACAGGUAACAAGGUGUGGAAGUUAGUCCUGCGAUCACCUAACUAUAUCCCAGGGACACACAAAUGCCGUCCGAUAUGUACUUGCCCAGACGCAGUGGUCCACGACGAACCAUUACUUUAUGAAUUGACAUCUGACCCAAGCGAAGCGAAACCAUUAAACUACUCCGGCAAUUCCGACCUUCAAAGUGUAGUGGAUGUAAUAAAGGAAGGCUUAGAACGUCACAUCCGGUCCGUCGAGCCCGUUGAGAUCCAAUUUUCUACACGAAAUGUUAUAUGGAGGCCUCAGUUACAAGUGUGUUGUAAUUUCCCAAGAUGUCACUGUACAGAUCCCAAAUAUGCUGACUAUGACUGAUAAUUUACAGUGAAACGUGGCCAUACGUAGACAAGUAUAUAUUUGCCGAUGCAUGUACCCAUUUGGUAACAUAAUCACGGAGGGGAGUCACGUGAUCUUAAGAUACGAAUUCAAAAUGGUGGCCACAAGUGUAGAAAGCAUACAAUGAGGUAAGACACUGAAAAUACUCAUUACAUAGGCUUUUCAU